AUGAGAUUAGAAGUAUUUGAAACAACUAAACAAAAUAUUUAUAUUAGUAGAAUAGGUCAUAUUUAUAAUGAUUAUUAUUUUGAUGUUAUUAUUGAUCAUGAUAAUGAAUUAUCAUUUAUAGCAUAUUCAACACAUCCACAUAUAUUACCAGCACAUUGGGCUGCUGAACAUAAACUUGCAUUAAUGUAUGCACCUGAAAGAUAUUUUAAUUUAUUAACAUUAAAUGCUGUUGGAAAUAAUCAUGUUGAAACAGGAAUGAAAAUGAAAAUGUUAAGAGUUGAUGAUAUUAGUUUAUUUAAUGAUGAAAAAUUAUUUUAUCAUAUUUUACCAAUUAAUUCAUUAGAUAUUUUUCCUGUUGAAUGGGCAAAAUUUAAUGGAUUUGAUUUAAUAAUACCUACUCAAUAUGAAACUAAUAUGAAAACAUAUGAACAAAAUCGAUAUGAGUAA